CGAGAUUCCGAAGGAAAUUUCGUUUCUACUCUUCGGCAUCCCACUAGGAAAACAACAAGGGUGAGAAACAAAGCCGCCGCCUCCAGUUGCGCGCCAGGAAUCUCUAUUGGAAGAGAUGACCAUGAGACUGGGCCCCUUGUUGUUGGUCGUUGUGCUGGGUCUGGUUUUGACACCACCAACUCUGGCUCAGAAUGACGCCAGAUAUAUCAAAUUCCUGACUCAGCACUUAGACGCCGAUCCGAAGGGCCGGGACGACAGAUACUGUAAUCGUAUGAUGAAGGACCGAGGCCUGACCUCUCCCUGCAAAGAUCGCAACACCUUUAUUCAUGGCAACAAGAAAAGCAUCAGGGCCAUCUGUGGAGAAGGCGGAAAUCCUUACAAAGAUAACUUAAGAAUAAGCAUCUCUAAAUUCCAGGUCACCACUUGCAAGCAUACAGGAGGGUCUCCCUUGCCUCCAUGCCAGUACCGAGCCUCCAAGGAUUUCAGACGCAUUAUUAUUGCCUGUGAAAACGGCUGGCCUGUCCACUUUGACGAGUCUAUUAUCAGUCCAAAGCAAGCAGGCCCCUCGCCCAGAGAUGGUUCUGCUUCCUUUAAUCCCCUCUUAACCCAGAACAGUGAUGGCAACAUUCACUGUCAGUGGCCAGAAAAGGAAGUAUCUGAAACUUCUCCUGAUUUAUGAUGCACAUAAAUAAAGAUGUCUCUAAAGCCAUUAACAAUCCGU